CGAAGCUCUCGAAAUAUGACUCAAGAAGGCCAAUUGCCUCCUCCACCUGUUAUGUGGGCUCAGAGAAGAGAUAUUUUAUAUGUAACCAUCUGCUUAGAAGACUGUAAAGAUCCAGUUAUUGAAAUUGAACCAGAAAUGAUAUAUUUUAAGGGAGUCGGCGGAACGGAAAAGAAAAUGCAUGAACUUACAAUUAAUCUCUAUAAUGAAAUUCUUCCAAACAAAACAGUUAAAAACUUGAGAGGAAGGACUUUCGAGUUAGUUCUUACUAAAAAAGAAGAAGGCCCGUAUUGGCCAAGAUUAACAAAGGAAAAGACAAAAGCUCAUUGGUUAAAGAGCGACUUCAAUAAAUGGAAGGAUGAAGAUGAUAGCGACGACGAGAGUGGCAUGGGAGGAAGUAACAACUUGGAAGAAAUGAUGAGACAAAUGGGUGGCUUGGGUGGCUCGGGAGGCAGUAAGCCGUACUUUGAUGAUAAUUCUGAGGAUAUAGGAGAAGAAGGCGAAGGAAUUGAUAGCGACGAUGAAGAUUUACCUGAUCUGAUCUGAUCGAGUGAACAAAUUUUAAUGCCACUUUAAACUAAUCUUCAUUCAAAAAACGUUAAAAAUAAAAAAAGGGCGACCUAAGAAUAGUGCACCACCAGGCGAUAUUUCAGUAGGCCAUGCUAUUUGUAUUUUCAAUUGCAAAUAAGUUUUGCAAACUUGCUGACGGCCCGUGAUGCAGUAGCAAAGAAAUCGAUAAGGUGUGCAAGGAACUGUAAACAGGAAAAGAAUACAGUGGUCAAAGGAAUGAACAGUAAUAUACUUUUUAAAAAUUCUCCAAUCUUUUAGUCUGUAGUUCAUGUACUAAGUUAUAAUGGACAAGCUUUUUUUUUAAUAACGAUUACUUGUGUAAAAGAUGAAGGAGAUGAAAUAAUGAAAAUGAUUUAAAUUA